AUGACCGAUCCUACAACUUUUUUAUUUGGUGAAAGUGACGCUCCUUCGGGACAAGUUUCUCGUGAAAGCGAGUCGGAGAACAAAAUAUACAGUGAGGAUAAUAUAGUAGGGUCGAAAGGCUCAGGGCUUAUUCCAUUACCAAAGGCACCUCCAGGAAAACCCAAGGUUCAAGAUAGUAUUCCACCUGCUCAGCUGCCAGAUGGAAGAUGGAACACGUUCAAUGGGCAACCACCACUUGCUCGCUUCAACUCAAGAGGUCAGCGCAUUCUACCUGGUGGGUCUGGGGGAUCACGAUUUAUUCCGCCAGAAGAGUACAAAGAGUUCUUACAUUUAGGACACGGGGGUAUCUUUGACCUAGAUCUAAAUAAUGUAGACAUGCUGCCAUGGAGAGUUCGCGGAGUAGAACAAGAUGCAUACUUUAACUAUGGUUUUAACGAGAGAAACUGGCGGGAAUAUACCACUGAGAUCAGGAGAGCACGGAUUGAUGCUCAUCUAAAAAACCAAAUUGAAAUAGUCUCAGGAGUGAAUUUUGAUUCUGAGUUGCCCGACGAAGUCCGUCAAGCACUGACAAACUCUAGCAUAACUGAUCAAGAAAACUCGAAAAUAGCUCAAAGAGCCUUUCCUGACAAUGAACUAUCUCAAAUCAAUUCAGUCCCAGGUAUUCAAAACAGCGAGGAAUUAGCAGUUCUGAACCAUAUGCCUGAGUCAGAGCAUUAUGGGAAAUACAAUGGAAUAUUUUCGACAAAUUAUUCUGAAUAUAUAACUAGUGAUACGAUUAAUUUACCUCAAAUCCAAGAUGAAGCGAGGAGGCUGCAAGAACAGUAUACCAAAGAUGCAAUAUUUUUAGAAGCAGCUUCUCAAAAGAUGCACCGCGAGUUGAGACAAAAAAUAAAAGUUUUAAAAAACAUAUUGACUAGUCAAAGUAUGUAA